CAUUCACUCAUCAGUACCACCACCCAAUCAUACUCAUUCGAAAACAUGAAUGGCAAUACGACCAAAGUCGAUGACAUUUCCAUUGCAAUAGAGAAGAUCUCGAUUUCAUCUUGCUCGUCCUCUUUAUCAACCCUAGCUGUUAAGGAGGAAGGCUGGUUUCCCUACGAUAUCGAUGCGUCACUUUUCUCCCGGCAACCUUGGAUCUGCAAGACCGAUUCAGUGCGCCACAGACUGCGAGGGAUUCUCAUCACACACGACACCUACGAUCUUUUCCGUCUAUCAUUCGAGUCCGAUUCGGCCGCUCGACAUUUUCUAGGGGAGCUCCUCGUAGCCAUGUCAACAUCUGGCCUCAUCCAAAGAAUGUCAGAGCUGCAGCUCGAGGAACUAAAUUCCCACUGGGAUGAAACAGCAAGGACUAUUCAUCCGCAAUUCGAGCCUGUCAAUCUACCCGUCCUUGUGGCUUUCGGAGUAGCGUAUUCCCUUUCCUCUCAGUGGCAAAUCAUCAAGACUCUCUAUUAUAUUGCCCUGUCUCAGGAAAUCCUAGACACUCUAUAUGAGGAUGCGAUUUGCAAUCUCCCGCUCAACCCACUAAACAGCGCGAAGUAUACGCCUAUGGUGAAAGACAUUCCGUAUCUCCGCCAGUCUCAGCAACGGUGUUCUGCCGAACUCGAACUCAAAAAAGCCCUCGAAUAUAGUAGCUCUCUCAAACCAGAAGUCAACCCUCCCAUCAUCCGCAUUGUCAACCGCUUGAUCGACCUUUCUAAGAUUGGACGACGGGAACGCUCAGAGCCAUUUCUCAAUCUCUCAGAAACCACUAUCCCACGUGCAAUUCCACGGGAAUCUAUGGAAAAUCUUUGCCAGGCGAUCAAGGUUGUGCGUUUUGAAGAACCCGGUCCAGAUAAAACCCCACACUCCAAAACCCGUGGUAUGCGAGUUUUCCUAUUUCGCCGUCUUGUCGGAACCAUUGGUAAAAGUGGUCUUGACAAAGCGUUGGCCAAAUCGUUUCAAGAGUCAACUACAGUGAUCACCCUUAUCGAUAAAGGGAAUGCGCCAAAUUUGCAGCUGGACAAUGAUGCGGACGGGUUGCUUAGUUAUGCCAAUAAGUGCAAUCUCAGGAAAGCCGAUGGCGAUGUCCAUGAAUCCACUUGUGAAGGAAUAGCAGGAAGAAUGUUCUCGAACUGAUACUGAGGUAUCAACCUUAUAUCACGUAGAGUUUCUGGACUUUGAGCCUCGAGUAAAGCAGGCACUCCUUGCGUCCUCGCUGAGUAUGCUCUUUGAUUAACAAAGAAAUACAUUCUGCCGUGUCUAGUUUCUAACUUCCGAGCAAUGUUGAAGGAGAAGACUGGUUUAUCGAAGUCGGGUGAAAGUCAGUGAUCAUGUAAAUAUGAGUAGAGUGUAACAAUGAGAGGUACCC